CAAGAUAUUCGGAACAACUGCAGCUGGCAUAGCCAACCCCUCUCCUCACGCUGGUGUCGUUACGCGAGGGAGAUGGCAACGGAAAGCUGCUUUGCCUACUGCUGGAUCAAAGUCGGGGUGGCUGAAAAUUUCCAGUGUCAAUCGUUUAUGUCUUCUUAGUCGUGUCAAGGACUAAACUGCCUGGGUAGUCUAUACUUCGAACAAGGUGUUCUCUGCGUUUCCAAGAGUAUGUACCUGUGAUCGUUUCACAUAAAAUAGCUGUAGCCAUUUGUAAGCAAGGUGUUCAUUAGGUUCGACAAUGACGUCGUAUCUCUUUGUGCUGGUGUUGUAUUUUGGAACACUGUUACAGGUGACAGAUGCUGACAAUUGUAAGAGGUACUUUAAUGGCUACUGGAUGGAAGGGCCUAAAGUCUGUGACUUUGGACAGUCCUGCUGUGGCACCUGCGAAAACAGAUACUGCUGUCCAUUUCCUUCCCUGCUCGAGUUGGUGUCCAGUCACAUCAUUAGUCUCAGUGAAGAUGUCCAGGAUGCCUGCCCCAAAAAUUUUUUUGAGCACAGAAUGCAGUUUCAUGACCUCCCCAUGUUCCUGAUAAUUGGUGUCGUCGUCAUCGGUGUCAUUCUCAUCAGUCUCAUCGUCUUCUGCUGUGUGUGCCCCUGCUGUUGCCUGUAUCAGAUGUGCCGGAAACCCCGCCCGGUGGUGACUACUAACACUCAUACAACAGUGGUGGUCAACACCCCAGUCCCCUCAGCACAGCACCCUGCCCCUCUGCAGCAGUAUCCAGGGUACCAACCCGUGCCUGUGCAGCCCUGGUCUGGAGCUCCUGCUGGGUAUGAUGGUCGCCCUGUGCCAUCUGCACCCAUGCUGGAGCAACCCUACGGUCUAGGACCCCCUCCCCCUUACCAGGAGAGUGCUGGAGGACCUAUAAACCACAACCAGAAGGCAUUCGCAUCAGGUCAGGCAUCGUACUGCUAAAUAUUUAUCUUUCUGACAAAGAGGGAAGCAAUUCAUCGACACCCAGGGCGCUUAAAGUAAAAAGUUCUAAGAUGAUUACCAUCUGCUUUCCAUUACAGAAUGUAUUGCUAAUAAACUGGACACUGGACAUAGGGUGUUUUGCUAUGUUUAAGCAUUUAACAACCAGCAACUUAGGAUGAGCACUUUUUUAUCAUUGUGAAAAUGAUUGUGGGUUUGAUCUCUGGCAAAUGUGUCUUUACUUGUUUGUCAGCUUUAUCCUUAAAUUAUUUCAUAAUUUUUCAGUAGUUUGAUAAAAAAAAAAAAAAUGUCAAUAUGUGAAAUGUAAUUUCUCAGUGUGUGAAAUGUGAAAUGCCUACUGUCCCAGAAUGUACGAGUUUGGUCUGUGGAAAAUGUGUGUGUUUUUGGUUCUUUGUAUUAUUACAUUGCUUUAUUAUGUUCUGGGCUGUGAAAAUUGUUGCUUGUCAGUGUUGUCUGAUUACCCUUUAUAUUCUUAUUCUGUACCUAUGCGUUAGAUUUAAUCACCCUUUAAGUCUAUGCAUCAUUAAGUGCCAAAAAGGAAUGUGCUUUUAAACCCAGACUCUUGCAGGAGUGUGUGUUACAUGAAGUUUGUGGUGUUGUGAGCACCACAGAAAAAAAUACAUGUGUCUCUCACUGUUGCAAAUCUGUGAAAUGGAAUAAAAAUAUGAAAGCCUA